AUGCUAUUCUUUGUCAGCUUUUAUUUUGUAAAUUCGGUUAUCGGAAGUGGGGCUCCUUGUUUUUGUUUCUUCAGUGGACGUGGAUUUUUCAUGCUACUCUGAUGAUCGAUCCCGUUCUUCCACUGAGGAAUCACGAGAUGUAGCCGCCAAAAACACUGGCGCGGGUUUUACCUUCCAAACAGGUCGGAAUUUGGACAUUUGGAGGGAGCGCGAGGCGAAGAACCGCUCCGUUUUUUUAUUCCCCCUUUUCCCCUCUGGGUCAUCAUGGACUUGGUGGGAUACAGCGGGCUUUUCCUGGUCAGACGGGUUCUGGACAGUUCGACCUUGGAGGUCACGAAUAUGACCGACAUUGACGACACCAUUCCUCACGGCUGCGAUAACGGAGCUCUGACGGACAGGUUCGGGGUUCUGAUCCAGGGACUGCUGGCCGUCGUCGCCUUCAGCACUCUGAUGUUGAAGCGCUUUCGGGAGCCUUUGGGGAUCAGGAGACCGUGGAGGAUCUGGCUUUUCGAUACGUCCAAACAAGCCAUCGGCGCUUUGUUCAUCCACUUUGCCAACGUUUUCCUGUCCACACUCACCAAAGAGGACCCCUGCUCUCUGUAUCUGAUCAAUUUCCUGCUGGACGCAACUCUGGGCAUGCUGGUCAUCUGGUUGGCUGUCAAGCUGGUGUCAAAGCUAGUGGAGGUCAAGCAGUGGUCCCUGUUGAGGUUUGGAGAAUAUGGUGACCCCCCCCAGGCGGCGCCGUGGCUCGCUCAGUGCGGCAUCUACCUGCUCAUCAUGGUGCUAGAAAAAGGUGUGGUCACCCUGGUGCUGCUCGUCCCAGGAUGGUCCCAGCUGCAGGAGGUGCUGCUGAGCUACAUCGCUAACCCUCAGCUGGAGCUGGCGCUGGUCAUGCUCAUCGUGCCCUUCAUCGUGAACUCCAUCAUGUUCUGGGUGGUGGACAGCCUGACCAUGAGGAAGUACAAAACCGUAAGCCUUGAUGACGCCUGUGGCGGACUGGUGACGGAGGCCGACUCCCGGCCUCGAGGGAACAGCGAGGAGACGCGGGUUCUGCUGAUGGUGGAGACGGACACAGACGACGCUUCGGACCAGGAGGAGGAGGAGGAGGAGCCAGCCGAGGUCGGAGAAGGUCACGUGCAGUUUUCAGGUGGACCUGUGAGGCCCAGCUGGGUGUUGGUGUGAAUCCCCGCCCACUCCGAACCUUUCCCUCCGGGAUCAGCUGGAGGGGCGGAGCUACCUUCCUCUGCAGUCAGAAGCUCCACUUUUGUCCUUUCGUCUCGUUUUCUGGGCCAAAAACUGUCAAUCUGCGUCACAAUCUGAUUAAAUAUAGGUUUAUUUCUACAAGUUAUGGUCAAAAUUAUUUUUAAAAACACUUUUCAUAUAUUUAAAGAAAUAAACUAAAACAAAAGUGGAAAUUUAAUUGAUAAAUUUAUGAAUUUUUACAUAAAAAAUGUAUUAAAAUCUGAUUUUUGCCUUAAAAAAUUUUUUUUUUCAAAGUAGAACAAAUGUGAUGAUAUUAUAUUAUUAUUUAAAGUAAAGCCCAGGCCAUAAAUGUGUGAAGGGAGACUUUUAUUAAGUAUCUCAAGGGCUAGAAUCUAACAGACAGAACAGGAAUUUUUGGGUCUCAUUUAUCACAGAUUGUGUUCCUGCUCUACUUUUGAGUAAAACCACCUUCUUUAAUGGAGAUGCGGCCUCAGUCAUUCCUCAGGUGGUGUUUGCAGCUCCAGGAUAAAACAUGUUUACAUUUCUGAGAUCGCUCAGGUCGUAUGAAUUCACGUGUGUUCAGCCUUUUUUUUAGGUUACAUUCAUGAGGAAAGGUCGAAAGGUCACGACACGACGGAGUUCAGACCGUCUGAAUUCCAGGAAAACAGGGAAUCGAACCUUUUUUUACUCUUUUUGUUGUUGCUUUAAAGUGGCGGGAUUCUAAACUUGUAAUAUUUCAUACGUAAAAAUAAUAUUAAAUGUAAUAUUUCAUUUUACAUGUUAGAUAUGGUGUUUAAGGGCUAUUUUCUCACUGAUUUUAAAGUAAUCAUUUGCUUUAAGAACAUUUUAUGUAACCAAAGUUCUUUUCUUUUUUUAAAAGUCAAAAACAAUAAAAAUCAGACGUUUGUGUUUGUUUUUGAGGUCAUUUUGCCUAAACAUCCCAUAUUAGAAUACACACACUUAUGAAAAUGACAGCAAAUUUUGGGAACAUAAAUGUAAAAUUUCAGUUUUUCUGUUUCAUUUUGUAAACUUUUUAAAGUGUUUAUAGAGAUGAACUCAAAUGUAAAUGUCGUUUCAGGCCAAAUGUUUUGGAUGUUAAAUCUGUGGUUUAUUAAAACUUUUAUUUAUA